CAAAUAUCUUCUUACCACCACCACUGGUGCUAGGAACCCACCCUACCAAUAGCUACGACAAUGACUAAGCUACUAUCCCGGUUCGCAAAGUCAUUUUUUGCUGUCAUUCUCGCUCUGGUCGUUAUAUCCAUGCUGGUAUUUCUCCACCCUCCAACUAGAGCGUAUAUCGACCCUUGGACGGGCGACUUUCUUGGUGAAGGGGGCGUAGCUCUCCAUCCCGGUUCGUUCAAGAAAGGCGAAUGGGAUGCCACUGAGGGACCGGUGAUCAUGCCAAAGCUAGGGAACGCGACUGCCAAGGCCGCACUGGGACGGUCGACGUGGAAGCUACUGCACACGAUCACCUUGCGAUACCCCGAGAACCCUACUGCCGACGAGCGUGAAGCGAUGAAUUCAUACUUUCAUCUUCUGUCACGAUUAUAUCCCUGCGGAGAAUGUGCUGCAGAGUUCCAAAAGCUGCUCAAGAAAUUUCCUCCUCAAACCUCAUCCCGUCGCUCUGCCGCACUUUGGCUUUGUUCCCUUCAUAACGAGGUUAAUAAGCGUCUAGGUAAACCUCAAUUUGACUGUGCGCAUUUGGAUGAAGAGUACGACUGUGGAUGUGGUGAUGAACCUAUUAACGGCGCGGAGGUCGUAGACGGAAGAAAAGUAGAAGGUUUAACCAAAGAUCCAAGUAAAGAUGAACUGACCGGGAUAGGGAUGAUCAACGGUGGGAGAUAAAUGCUACAGAUACUAAAGUCCGUGUGUAUUUGCGUUUUGUAGGAUAUGGAUGGAUUAUCGACAAAUAUUACGGUGUGCUUAGGAAGGUUCGUUGACAGGUCGCCAUGUUAACAUGACGCAUCGGUGAACGCAUUGAAGUUGUACACCUUUGGCCUUGUUCGGAACAGGAAUUCGUGCGGUGCGCAAUACGCAAUGACAGCGUCUUCUCGUUCCAUCGUUACUUUGACGCCUCUGUUACCUUUUAAAGACCGGCACAGCUUCGUUACCCCAGCUUUGACAUG